AUGUCCGGCGCAGAACAGCGCAACGAGCGUAUGCUCGAAGAAAUCCUCAGGCUACCAGGAAACGACAAUUGUGCCGACUGCCACUCUUCUGCCCCCAGAUGGGCCAGUGUCAACCUGGGCAUAUUCCUCUGCGUCGGGUGCGCUUCAGUACAUCGAAAGCUCGGUACUCAUCAAAGCAGAGUCAAAUCGGUCACGCUCGACAGCUGGAGCAGAGACCAGAUAUCCACCAUGCGAUCCAUAGGCAACACCGCCUCCAACGCCAUCUACAACCCCAACGAGCGGCUGCACCCCCCUCCCUCCUCGUACGGCCACGAAGAACGGGAUUCCGAGAUCGAGCGGUACAUUCGCAAAAAGUACGAGCAAUGCGCUUUCAAAGGCGGGGCUUCUGCGCGCCUUGACGGGCGGGUAGAGCCGACGAGUCUCAACAGGGCGAGAGAGGCGGACGGGCGGUUGCAGGCCGGGGCGGCGGGGUGGACGUUUGGUAAAGAGAAUAGGCGGAACCCCGAGUUGAACGAUAUCGUGAUGCCGCGGAAGAAGGAGAGAGACUUGCCGCCUAUCCCCGUCAGCCCGUCCGCCUCUUCGCCCACUGGUAGAGCUCCGCCGAGAGCGAGGCCGGUACGCUCGCCUUCGGCGCAGAAUGUGGCUUCGAUGCGCCCAGCGCCGGCCCCGCCGUCCGAAGCCAACCUCGUCGAUUUUUCCUCCGCUUCCACCUCUACUCUGCCCCUGCAGCUCAACGUAUCCCCUUCGCCUCAACCUCAACAACCCCAAUACAUCCCUAUACAGCCUACAGGCUUUUCCACCUCCCCGUCUUUUACCCCGCAAUUCGCGAGUCCGAAUGGGAUGAUGUCCAACUACCUCUCCCCACAACCUUCUCCUUCCCAAACAUUCAACAACAUACAAUACUCUCCCCAGCCACAACAGGGCUACGGCCACCAUCUCUCCACACAACCAUCCUAUCCAACCUUGCAACAACCGCAGAUGUCGCCCGGCUUUCAAAGCCAGCAGGCUUUCGGGAACGGGAUGAUGGGUGGACAGCAGAUGGGGCAGAUGCAGAUGGGACAGGGUCAAUUCGGGAUGGGUAUGGGCCAGCAGGGGAUGAUGAAUGGGUCUUCAAACGGUCAGGGACAGAUGGGCGGGUAUGGGCAGAUGAAUGGGAUAGGGCAGAUGGGCCAGGUGGGACAGAUGGGCCAGAUGGGCCAGAUGGGGAUGAAUGGGAUGGGUUUUCAACAAGGUUAUUAUACCAUGUAG